AUCCUGUUUACUUGGGUACAAUCAAUUACUAAUUAAUCCGGUUUUUUUCUGGUUUUAAUUGUCUCACGGUCUAAUUUACAUGUUUCCAUCAUAUUCAUCAUCAUUCAUUAUUAUCAUUAAAUCUUAGCCAUUAAUUGUAACAACCUAAAUUCAUGUUUUCAUGUUUCUAUGGAUCUUUUGUCUCCACCAGAAAAAACCAUUGAUUCAAAUAUCCUCUAGUCCAUCAAGGAAAAGUUAACCCUUCAAUUUUCACCUCUGAUGGUAAAUGAUUAAACGUGACUCAACAGUUAUCACCAUCAUUCUUGCAUCUUUGAGAUCAUUAACAUUUAGCAUCAAUUAUCUUGACCAUCUUCCUCGCCAUUAUCAUCAUAACUGUCAAGUUGACCAUUAAAACUGUUCUCAAUGCAGAAUUGAAACAAAUGGUAACAAUAAUUCAUUAUUGAUUUGACUUCUGGAAUCCAUUUUGCUUUCAGUCAUUUUGUUGAUUAAAGAAUGUUGACAAUGUUGAUUUCCCUUUUCCAUGUUAGCCAAAACGUUGCUUCAUCACCAUUAAUAACAGAAAUUUAUCAGAAUCGUGAAUCAUCAUGAUAAUAUUUUCAGAAGUUUCACUUUCGCUGGUUCCCUAAAGGUGUUGCGAUGUUUAAAACGCAUUUUAAAUCAUUCAUUGAUUAUAAAUAAGGAUUGGUCCUCUUUGAUUUGAUUGAUUAACACAAAAAUGAAACUGAAUUCCACUCUUUACAUUCCAAAUAGCAACUCGAAUAACCAAAAUGAAAAUUUAUCUGAAUGAUAGGACGAAUCUUUUUUUGCACCAUUUAAUUGUUCCAUCUAAUAUUAUAAAUAAUUGUUCUGACUCAUACGUCUGCAGGGUAAAUUAUAAUAUUUACAUUAACAGAGAGUCAGAAUAAUAAUAUCGCCUCAGAAAGAUUUGCUUUAGUUGUUUUCUUGGUCCAAGACUUGCACCCUGUAAUUCAUUUCUCCACUUUUUUUUGUUAACCAUGUUGACUCUUCCUCCAUUAACCCUUUUCCUUUUCUUCUCCUUCUGGUUUGCAAUUCCUUUUCCAAAAUCUUUCAACCUGUCAGAACAAAUUUUACCGUAGUUCAGAUAACAUUAAACAUGCUUCUAAAUUGAACCAUUUGAAUGUUGUCUUUUUUUUGAAUUCACCACAAGUAAUGUAGUAAAAUCCAUCAGGUUUGUUGAUGAUGAACUUCAUUGUUUCCUAGUACUUUUUUGGUUUCUUUUUUUUCGCCAUCAUCUCGAUUGUUGUCUUCUUCCUCAUUUUUUUCCUUCUCUCUCCAUUCCUUUCAUACACGCUCUUUUUUUUACUCCUGUCUUCAUAAUUGUAUUACCAGAAAAGUGGGAAAAGAUUUAGUACACUAACGAUUACAUUAACUGGUCAUCAUCAUCAUUUGAUUGUUCCAUAUUAAUCAACUCAGUGCAUUGGGAACAAAUACCAAGAAAGGAUUAACUGGCCAUCGGUGAUUGAUUGGAUUUAACUGUGAUUGUUGAAUCCUGCCGAAAUUUGGAAUCAACCAUCAAUAACUUUGAUCAACCAUGACCGUUACAUAUACGUUAAAUGUUGCCAACACAAGACUCAAUGGAUUUGCGAAACUACUUCUCCGCUGGAGAGGGUCCAUUUAUAAGCUUCUGUACCGAGAGAUGAUCAUCUUUUGUAUCCUUUAUUACAGUCUCAGCUUUCUUUAUCGUUAUUUAUUGGACCCAGAUCAGCGAAGGGUUUUUGAGAAAGUCGCCUUAUACUGUGAAGCUUUCUCUAAAUUGAUUCCAUUGUCGUUCAUUCUUGGGUUUUAUGUCUCAAUUGUGGUUAGCCGAUGGUGGAACCAAUACUGUGCUAUACCAUGGCCAGAUACACUUCUCAUGAUGAUCACUGGUAUCGUUCAAGGGGAUGAUGAACGAGGGCGCGUGAUAAGACGAACUUUAGCCCGUUACUUACUGAUCCUUCAAGCUGUUACCUUUCAAGCAAUCAGUAUAUCAGUUAAGCGUCGUUUCCCGUCAAUUGAUCAUCUAGUUGAAGCUGGUAUCAUGACUAAAGAGGAACAAUUAGCUUACAAUGAGAUACCAGGAGUUUAUGGUAAAUGGUGGGCACCGGCAGCUUGGUUCACGACGUUGGCCAUCAGAUCUCGGCGAGAAGGUCGAAUCAAAGAUGAUACGUUGUUGAAACAUUUAUUACAAGAAUUGUACAAAUUUAGAAAUGGCUGUGGAGAUCUAUUUGCCUUUGAUUGGAUCUCUAUUCCAUUGGUUUAUACUCAGGCAGUAACUAUUGCUGUCUAUACUUAUUUUGCUGCUGUAAUUAUGGCUCGUCAAUAUCUGGAUCCAAGUCAAGGAUAUUCAGGCCAUGAGGUUGACCUUUACAUUCCAGUUUUCACUUUGCUUGAAUUUUUCUUCUUCAUGGGCUGGCUCAAGGUAGCUGAACAGUUAAUUAAUCCUUUUGGGGAAGAUGAUGAUGAUUUUGAGUUAAACUUCAUUCUUGACCGUAACUUGGUUGUUUCAAUGUAUAUUGUGGAUCAAAUGCACAAUCAGUUGCCUAAAUUAGUGAAGGACACUUAUUGGGAUGAUCUUAGACCAUCAUUGCCUUACACAAAAUCUUCAGUAGGCUUACGAAGACAGCCUUAUCUGGGUUCAGCUAUGAACUUGGAUAUUCACCCAGAAGACUCAGAAUUUAUUCCGCCCUCUUUAGAAACUAUAAUGGAAGAUGAAUUAAUUUCUGACACUCAUCAUCGAUUUAACCAACAUGGUAAUAGUGAUUUGGCUUCUCCGUCAAUUGCUGACCAAUUAGUCAACUUUGAUUACAACACGAAUGCUUGUGAUAUUUCACUCGGUAACGGAAGUCGACCUCAAUCAAGUGUCUCUCAAAGUGCCUUAAAUUUACUGCAUGAUUCUUUCUUUGGCUCAAGGAUAAUCAACAUGAUAAUUGGUAGUUCAAAUGAAAACAUAACGCCACAGCUAAAUGGAAAUGUGAAAAACUCCAAAGACAAAUCUGGUUCUCAUUCAGCUGGAGUCGGAGGAGGAUUUUCCAGUGCCUUAGGACAGUUUUCAUUGAAAUCACCAAGAAAACGAACUCGAAAAAUAUCAGUUCCAAAUAAUUUAAAACCAUCAAUUUCUUCCUCACUGAUUAGUAAAACAUCAAUGGAAGAUUUUGAUCGGAAAAUGGGUAGUUCAGCUUCUCCCCAUACUGGUCGACAUCGAAAGCCAAUCUCUGAAUUUUAUGGUAAAGAAACAUCUUCUUCAACUUCAUCGUUUUACCGUCAUAACCAGCAUCCAAAUCAAAAUAAUGGUUACAACCCUAACUAUCCCGAUGAACGUCGCUCUCUUGUCAUUGAUUUGGAAGAAGGAGCAAAUCUUGAAUCUAAACUCUAUUCACAAACACAUUUAGGAUCUUCACAGUUAUCUCGUGCUUUUAGUGGAUCCAUUGAUGAAAAUGGACUGGGAUUAAGUUAUCCACCAUCACGAGCUGAAAUUCAGUCAAUAGGCCCUGGAUCAAGUGUUGGAGGUCACACUGACUCUUAUGCAAAUGAAGACGGAACAGCUUCUCAUAGUCACAUUGUCCCUAGCUCAUCGUUUAAUAAUGAUGUUGAUCCAUCUUUAAUCAUGGAAGGCAUCAGGGCAAGUCCAAGUAUUCGCAGUAGCGAAACGUAUGGUUCAUCUUAUUCAGCACUCAACAAUUAUUCAUCAACCCAAUUAGGAGAAUCAUCGGAAGUAGAGGAAAAUGGACAAAAUGCUCGAUGUAAUGUUUCCACUGCCAAUGGUACAGUCACCAAUCUUGCUACAAGCACUUCAGAAAAUGACCCAGACGAAUCCGCCGAUCAUUCAGGCGAAUCUGAGACUUUUGACCAUUCAUCAUCUCAUGAAAGUUUGGGUCCAUAUGGAAGUAAUCAAAGUACAGUUACCAGUAUCACUCAACUUUUGGGAAAAGGCAAUAAGGAGCACAAAUAAAGCGUUGGUCAAUCGUUAAAAUGGAAAUCUAUUUAUGAAGACAAUUUAAGACAAUGAAGACUUUUGUGACAAAAAAAAUAUUCACGUUCAAUGAACCGAUUCUAAGGAAACCAAAAACUCACCUCUAAUAUACCAAUCAAUGAUUCCAACUGCAACUUUACACGAAUCUCUUUUUAACUCCAUUAGGCUAUUUAAUGGUUUUACGGAGGAAAAGUAAAACCAUUUUGCUGUAUUCACAAGCAAAUUUGGUUUUCAUUUCAUUUUCUACUUUUAUCAAACACUUUACACUUUUCAACCAAUCUACUUAAAUUUGUAACACUUGUAAUUGUUUUAUUUAUGUGUCUUGAUCACUUUAGAAUUAUUAUCCUACAUAUUUCCCCAUUUUCUCAUUCCAUUCAAUUUUCUACUCAUAUUUUGUAUUACAAUUCGUCCUGUAACUAAUUGAAUUCAGAGGAUUUAUCAUGGUUCUGGUAAAUGGAUAAGAAAAGGCUAAACAACUGAGUUGUACAAUGUGAUAAUCGAGUUCAAAUUGAUCCAUGUAAAGUUUACCCUUCACCCAACUGCAUGAAAUUACAUUUUCACUUUGAUAUUUAUAAAAUUGAUAUAAAUUACAAUUGGCCCAAGCUAUGUACAAAUUUAGACUUGCAAUUUGCAAAAUAAAUUUGAUUAUCACUCACUUAAACU